AUUUCUGCCAAGAAAAUGUUUUGUACAAUCUUGAACAUACACUGUUCGUGCUGAUGGGACAGGAUCCAAUAUGAAUAUAAAUGAUGGAGGAAGACGACGCUUUGAGGAUAAUGAACAUACAUUAUGUAUAUAUCCUGGGACAAUUUCAGAAGGGACAAUCUACUGUCCAGUUCCUGCCAAAAGAAACUCCACAGCUGCUGAGGUGAUUGAUGCUCUUAUAAACAGACUGCAUCUUGACAAAACAAAAUGUUAUGUUCUAGCAGAAGUCAAGGAAUUUGGUGGAGAAGAAUGGAUACUCAAUCCAACAGACUGUCCAGUUCAACGAAUGAUGUUGUGGCCCCGAAUGGCUCUGGAAAAUCGCUUGAGUGGAGAGGACUACCGCUUUCUUCUGAGGGAAAAAAAUCUUGAUGGAUCAAUCCAUUAUGGUAGUCUUCAGUCAUGGCUACGGGUAACAGAGGAACGUCGCAGGAUGAUGGAACGAGGUUUUCUUCCACAGCCACAGCAGAAAGACUUUGAUGAUUUAUGUAGCUUACCUGAUUUGAAUGAGAAAACUCUUUUAGAAAACCUACGAAAUCGCUUUAAACAUGAAAAAAUUUAUACCUAUGUUGGCAGUAUUCUAAUCGUUAUUAACCCAUUCAAAUUUCUUCCUAUUUAUAACCCCAAAUAUGUAAAAAUGUAUGAUAACCACCAACUAGGAAAACUUGAGCCCCACAUAUAUGCUGUGGCAGAUGUAGCUUAUCACGCGAUGCUUCAACGCAAAAAGAAUCAGUGCAUUGUGAUUUCAGGAGAGAGUGGUUCUGGGAAGACUCAAAGCACAAACUUUCUCAUUCACCACCUUACUGCUCUCAGUCAGAAAGGAUUUGCCAGUGGAGUAGAACAGAUUAUUCUUGGAGCUGGACCAGUACUUGAGGCCUUUGGAAAUGCAAAGACAGCGCAUAAUAACAAUUCAAGUCGAUUUGGCAAGUUUAUUCAAGUAAAUUACCAAGAAACAGGCACUGUUCUUGGUGCCUAUGUUGAAAAAUAUCUAUUGGAGAAGUCCAGACUCGUUUAUCAAGAGCACAAUGAACGGAAUUAUCAUGUGUUCUAUUACCUCCUGGCAGGAGCAAGUGAAGAAGAGAGAUUAGCAUUCCAUCUUAAGCAACCUGAUGAAUAUCAUUAUCUCAAUCAGAUAACAAAGAAACCCCUCAGACAGAGCUGGGAUGAUUAUUGCUAUGACUCUGAGCCGGAUUGCUUCACAGUAGAAGGGGAAGAUUUGAGGCAUGACUUUGAACGCUUACAACUGGCCAUGGAAAUGGUAGGAUUUCUUCCCAAGACACGAAGACAGAUUUUCUCCCUUCUCUCAGCAAUACUACAUUUGGGCAAUAUCUGUUACAAAAAGAAGACAUACCGGGAUGACUCCAUUGAUAUCUGUAAUCCUGAAGUACUGCCUAUUGUCUCAGAUUUAUUAGAAGUUAAAGAAGAGAUGCUAUUUGAAGCAUUAGUUACCAGGAAGACUGUGACAGUAGGAGAAAAGCUUAUUUUACCAUAUAAGCUGGCAGAGGCUGUGACAGUAAGGAACUCCAUGGCUAAGUCUCUGUAUAGUGCCCUAUUUGACUGGAUAGUUUUUCGAAUUAACCAUGCACUUUUGAAUAGUAAAGAUUUGGAGCAAAAUACUAAGACCUUGUCCAUUGGUGUUCUUGAUAUUUUUGGUUUUGAAGAUUAUGAAAAUAACAGUUUUGAACAGUUCUGUAUUAAUUUUGCUAAUGAACGUUUACAACAUUACUUUAAUCAGCAUAUCUUUAAAUUGGAGCAAGAGGAAUAUAGAACUGAAGAUAUCAGCUGGCACAAUAUAGAUUAUAUUGAUAAUACCUGUUGUAUAAACCUUAUUAGCAAGAAACCAACAGGACUGCUCCAUCUUUUAGAUGAGGAAAGCAACUUUCCACAGGCUACAAAUCAAACAUUGCUAGACAAAUUUAAGCAUCAGCAUGAAGAAAAUUCUUACAUUGAAUUUCCAGCUGUGAUGGAGCCUGCUUUCAUCAUAAAUCAUUAUGCGGGGAAAGUUAAAUAUGGUGUAAAGGAUUUCCGGGAAAAAAAUACAGAUCAUAUGCGUCCAGAUAUUGUAGCUCUUCUGAGAAGUAGCAAGAAUGCAUUUAUAUCUGGGAUGAUUGGAAUUGAUCCAGUAGCUGUUUUCCGGUGGGCAGUUCUCCGCGCUUUCUUCAGAGCCAUGGUUGCUUUCAGGGAAGCUGGAAAAAAACACAUUCAAAGAAAAACUGGACAUGAUGAUACAGCGCCAUGUGCAAUUUUGAAAAGUAUGGAUAGUUUUAGCUUUCUACAACACCCAGUCCACCAGAGGAGCUUAGAGAUUCUGCAGAGGUGCAAGGAAGAGAAGUACAGUAUAGCCCGGAAAAAUCCCAGAACACCUCUGUCUGAUCUUCAGGGUAUGAAUACUCUAAAUGAAAAACAUCAACAUGAUACAUUUGAUAUUACCUGGAAUGGCAGAACAGGGAUCCGGCAAAGCAGACUAUCAAGUAGUAACUCCUUGCUUGAUAAAGAUGGGAUAUUCGCUAAUUCAACUAGCAGCAAACUCCUGGAGAGAGCCCAUGGAAUUCUCACGAGAAAUAAAAAUGUUAAAUCCAAGCCUGUCCUUCCAAAGCACUUACUAGAGGUGAAUUCUUUAAAGCACCUGACAAGACUGACCCUACAGGAUCGAAUUACCAAGUCUCUUCUUCAUUUACACAAGAAGAAGAAACCUCCUAGUAUCAGUGCCCAAUUUCAGGCAUCAUUAAGCAAGCUGAUGGAGACCCUUGGUCAAGCAGAACCAUAUUUUGUAAAAUGCAUUCGUUCUAAUGCUGAAAAGUUGCCCUUAAGGUUCAAUGAUGCCUUGGUACUUAGACAGCUUCGGUACACUGGAAUGCUGGAGACUGUUCGAAUUCGCCAGUCAGGAUACAGCUGCAAAUAUUCUUUCCAGGAUUUUGUGAGUCACUUCCAUGUACUACUUCCCCGAAAUAUUAUUCCAUCCAAGGUUAACAUUCAGGAUUUCUUCAGGAAAAUAAAUGUUAAUUCAGAUAAUUAUCAAGUUGGAAAAACCAUGGUCUUCUUAAAGGAGCAGGAACGGCAGCACUUACAAGAUCUGCUUCACCAAGAGGUGCUCCGCAGGAUCAUAUUGUUGCAGCGAUGGUUCAGAGCCUUGCUGUGUAGGCAGCAUUUUCUCCGUCUGAGACAGGCAUCCAUCAUUAUCCAGCAAUUCUGGAGGAAUCACCUGAAUCAAAAGCAAGUCAAAGAUGCAGAUGUGCAGAAGAAUGCUUUUGUUAUGGCUAGUGCAGCUGCUCUUCUCCAAGCUUCUUGGCGUGCGCACUUAGAGAGACGAUGGUACUUGGGGCUACGGGCUGCAGCUAUUAUCAUCCAGCAGAGAUGGCGGGAGCAUUAUAGGCGGAGGCACAUGGCUGCUACCUACAUCCAGGCAAGAUGGAAAGGCUAUAGGGAAAAUAAGCGGUACCAAGAACAAAGGAACAAAAUUAUCCUUUUGCAGGCAACAUGUAGAGGAUUCAGAGCAAGACAAAGAUUUAAGUCUUUAAAGGAACAAAGACUGAAAGAAACAAAACAAGAAUUUGGAUUGGUGAAUAUCAAGACAUACGGAUCUCUGGAGAUUCAGGGUUCAGACCCUACAGAGUGGGAAGAUUGUUCGUUUGACAACAGAGUUAAAGCCAUAGAGGAAAGUAAAUCUGUGAUAGAGAAUAAUCGAAUCAGCCAUGAAAGUUCAGGAGACUACUCCAAGGAGUCCCCAAACAAGCGACAGGAAAGAGCCAGAAGCAAAAGUGGUGUGGACUUGCAGGAAGGUGUGGUUGUGAGAGAGAGACCCAAGUCCUUGGAGGAUCUCCACCAGAAAAAAGUAGGCCGGGCCAAAAGAGAAAGUCGGAGAAUGAGAGAACUGGAGCAAGCUAUAUUUAGCUUAGAAUUGCUAAAAGUCCGUUCUCUUGGUGGUGUAUCUCCUACAGAAGAACGGAGAUGGUCUGCAGAACUGAUGCCUGAAAGCCUUCAAUCUCUGCAGGGUACACCUGAUAGUGGAAGUUCUCAAGGAAGCUUGGAACUUCUGAGCUGUGAAGAAAGCCAAAAGAGCAAACUAGAGUCCAUAAUUCAAGAUGAAGGAGACUUGAAGGUUCCGUCACCUAGGAUACCUAGCUGCAGACCAGAAUUUGAUUUACAGGAUAAUGCCCUCUGUGCCUCAAGGCCGUCUGACUCAGAGCAUUUGAAGAAUGGGACUGUGAAGGAAAAGCUGGUCUGUAGUUCUGAAUCUAUUACCUGUAAACCACAGCUGAGAGAUUCCUUUAUUUCAAAUAGUCUCCCCACAUUUUUUUAUAUUCCCCAACAAGACCCACUGAAACUAAGUUCCCAGUUAGAUACAAGUAUUCAGAGAAACAGACUAUUGGGAAGUGAAGAAACUCUAGGGACACCUCUUACCUUGGAUAUUAACAGGGAAGCCCGAAAGUACUACUUCUCGGGAGAAGAUCAAGCUGUUGCUUCUUUGAAUACAGAUUCUUCUAAUAAUAUGCUUGAAAAGUUGGAAAAGCUAAACACUGAGAAGGAAGAAAGACAAAAGCAAUUGCAGCAGCAGAAUGAAAAAGAGAUGAUGAAACAAAUUCGCCAGCAAACGGAUAUUUUAGAGAAAGAACGUAAAGCCUUUAAGACAAGUGAAAAAUCAAGAAUUGGAGAGUCUUUCCUGGCAUCCUCUCUCCAUCAAUCAAAGCAAACAGUAGACAGGCCAUCUUCUCUCCUCAUUCUAAAUACUCUAAAUAAGGGAGAACCCAGUGUGCCAGGGCUCCCAUCAGUAACCCUAAAAGAUGCUGCUUUUGCCCCAGAAGACAGCCCCUCUGCUCAUGCACCCCUGAAGGACCGACCUGUCACCAUGUUCUUUGAAAGAAAGGGAAGCCCAUGGCAAUCUAAGGAAUUACAUAAGACAGACAGAAUGGGCAACGAAUUGAACGUAGCUUGUAAACUGUCUAAUAGUCGUGUUUUGAAAAGAGAAUACCUCAGGCCUGCUAAAUCUCAUAGCCACAAAUCUGAUGACACUUCCAGAGAUGGAACUACUGGGGCCAUUUUCUUCAUGCCAAAGGACAAUAUGAGUAUUCCUCUUGUCAGCAAAGAAUCCUUAAAUUGUGGGAAUCCUCAUCAUCAUAAACCAGAUGAACCAACUUGGAAAUCAGUGAAGUUAGCUGGGCUGGGCCAAAGAGAGACUUCACAGCGAUUUUCUUCAAUUGAUGAACAAACAAAGCUUCAUAAGACCAUGUCUCAGGGAGAGAUUACGAGGUUGGCAGUGGGAGAGAAGCCUUCAGAUUUGGAUAUAAGACCUCAGAGAGCUAAGAUGAGAUUCUGGGCUAAAGGGAAACAAGGAGAGAAAAAGACAUCCAGAGUGAAGCCUGCCACUCAGUCAGAGAUGUCAAGACCUUUUGCUGGCUCAGAUGUGCUUCCAGUUCAUCAGUUUCCAGAUGAAUUAGUUCAGUAUCACCCAACACCUCCUUUGAGCCCGGAACUGCCUGGUAGUUGCCGAAAGGAGUUCAAAGAGAACAAAGAGCCUUCUCCAAAGGCAAAGCGCAAGCGAAAUGUGAAGAUCAGCAACGUGGCUUUGGAGUCAAUGCAUUGGCAAAAUGACUCUGUCCAGAUCAUAGCCAGUGCGAGCGAUUUGAAAAGCAUGGAUGAGUUUCUUCUGAAAAAGAUGAAUGACCUAGAUAAUGAAGACAGCAAGAAAGAUACACUAGUGGAUGUUGUAUUUAAAAAAGCCCUAAAAGAAUUUCGGCAGAAUAUCUUCAACUUUUACUCAUCUGCAUUGGCGAUGGAUGAUGGUAAAAGCAUACGGUACAAAGACCUCUAUGCACUAUUUGAACAGAUUCUGGAAAAGACCAUGAGGCUUGAGCAACGAGAUUGGAGUGAAUCUCCAGUCAGAGUUUGGGUCAAUACUUUUAAAGUAUUUUUAGAUGAAUAUAUGAAUGAAUUCAAGACUUCAGAUUGCAUAACCACAAAGGUGCCAAAAACAGAAAGGAAAAAACGAAGGAAAAAAGAAAUUGAUUUGGUUGAAGAACACAAUGGUCACAUCUUUAAAGCCACCCAAUACAGCAUCCCUACAUACUGUGAGUACUGUUCUUCUUUGAUAUGGAUAAUGGACCGAGCUUCUGUUUGCAAAUUAUGCAAGUAUGCUUGCCACAAGAAGUGCUGUCUGAAAACCACAGCCAAGUGCUCUAAAAAGUAUGACCCAGAGCUAUCAUCUCGACAGUUUGGGGUUGAACUGUCCCGUUUGACCAGUGAAGACCGAACUGUUCCUUUAGUGGUGGAAAAGCUCAUAAACUACAUUGAAAUGCAUGGAUUGUAUACAGAAGGAAUUUACCGAAAAUCUGGUUCAACUAAUAAAAUCAAGGAGCUUCGACACAGUCUAGAUACAGAUGCUGAGAAUGUAAACCUAGAUGACUAUAACAUACAUGUCAUUGCAAGUGUAUUCAAACAAUGGCUUCGUGAUUUGCCUAAUCCACUCAUGACCUUUGAACUCUAUGAAGAAUUUCUUCGGGCUAUGGGUCUUCAGGAGAGGAAGGAGACAAUCCAUGGUGUAUACUCUGUGAUUGACCAGCUCUCCCGAACUCAUCUCAAUACACUGGAACGCCUCAUCUUUCAUCUAGUUAGGAUUGCUCUACAGGAAGACACUAAUCGAAUGUCUGCUAAUGCUUUGGCCAUUGUGUUUGCUCCCUGCAUUCUCCGCUGCCCUGACACCACUGACCCACUACAGAGUGUGCAGGACAUCAGUAAGACCACCACCUGUGUGGAGCUGAUUGUUGUGGAACAGAUGAAUAAAUACAAGGCUCGUCUCAAAGACAUCAGUAGCCUGGAAUUUGCUGAGAAUAAGGCAAAGACCAGGCUGUCAUUGAUUCGUAGAUCAAUGGGAAAGGGGCGUAUUCGUCGAGGAAACCAUCCAACUCCUUCCUCUCCUGUUGUAGUUCGACUGCCCUCCAUGUCCAAUGUCCCUGAAGAGGCCUUGACUAGUGAGGCCGCCAUGGAGACUGACAUCACAGAACAGCAGCAGGCAGCUAUGCAGCAGGAGGAGAGAGUACUGACUGAGCAAAUAGAAAAUCUGCAGAAAGAGAAAGAGGAGCUAACAUUUGAAAUGCUUGUACUGGAACCUCGUGCCUCUGAUGAUGAAACCCUUGAGUCUGAGGCCUCCAUUGGGACUGCUGAUAGCUCAGAAAAUUUAAAUAUUGAGUCUGAAGGUGUUAUGUCAGAGAAACCAGAGAGAAGCUUAGCCUUUAGCUCCCUGAAGACAGCUGGCAAGUCUGAACCUUCAAGCAAGCUGCAGAAGCAGCUAAAAAAGCAGCAAGACUCUUUGGAUUCAGUGGACUCUUCGGUCUCUUCUUUAUGUCUGCCUGGCACUGCAUCUUCUCAUGGGACCAGAAAGCGAUUCCAAAUUUAUUCCAAAUCUCCAUUCUACCGAGCUUCCUCAGCAGGUGAGGCCCUGGGAAUGGAAGGGCCAUUGGGCCAGACCAAAUCCCUGGAAGACAGACCUCAGUUCAUUAGCAGAGGAACAUUCAACCCUGAAAAGGGCAAACAAAAAUUAAAGAAUGUGAAAAACUCACCUCAGAAAACCAAAGAGACCCCAGAGGGGACAAUAGUAUCUGGCCGUAAGAAAACUGUGGACCCAGAUUGCGGCUCUACCCAACAGCUAGCUCUCUUUGGAAAUAAUGAGUUUAUGGUCUGAACUAGCAGAUGUGUGUCCCUUCAUGGCCACAGAGUGGUAAACACAUCUCACCUUUGGGGCCUCUUCUCAUCACCUUGUCCACAAGAGUCUGUUCUAAUUGUGGUCAUGCCUCCUGCCCAAGCAUACAACUAAGACCUUGUAUGCUAAAUUCCUAGGCCUCCUGCAGAAAUGGAAAGGCCUCUUUGAAGCCUGUUAGUGUUGGUGCCAGCUGUGCCUUGGCUGCUGUGUUUGAAUUGAGAUUUCACUAAAAGUCAACCUAGGACCUGGGCAUUUUGGUCAGUUGUGGAGGUCUUUGCAGCUGUGUCUCCCAAACCCUUUUCCCCUCCCAGAAGAGGAGGGUUAAGCUGGGAGAGGAAGACAAUAUGGGCCUAAGGGACCAAUGAUAUAUGACAGUUGGAGAAAAUAUAAAUCUUUCUAAACUAUGAAAGCAAAAGCUUUUGGGUUUAUUUUGGGAUAGUUAGGAACUGGGGUUGAAUAUGAUUUUUUUCCAAUGAUUUAUAACAGAAAAGCUUGAGCCCUCUAUUUUAAGAUUUUUGAAGAAAAAAAAAGAACACUCCAUGUUAUAUUCUGGGGAAAG